AUGACAAGCAAAGGGGCGUCCCUCAAGAGACGCCCAUCCGGCCAUAUGCGGGCCAACGUAGAAGAAUGCCAUGAUGCGAUCGAGGAGGACGAUGCAUCAUCCAACACACCACCACGCAAAGUGGCCUGUUUGGAUUUAUUGUUCUGCAUUUGGUUAUGUAUGCUGCGGACAUAUACUUUUGGAGGGCGAUAUCGAGUGAAUUAUUCCUUCAUAUUUGGUUUCAAGGAAGGAAAUGAGUUGGGGUAUCGUCAAGUUCUCCUAGUUGCUUUCGCUCUAGCAGUACUUGGAUUAGGCUCUGUGCUCUCAAACCUUGACAUGGAAAUGGACCCAAGUACAAAAGAUUUCCAAGCAGUGACUGAACUUAUCCCUCUGUUGGCAGUUGUUCUUGUAACUGCAAUACUUAUCUGCCCGUUUAACAUCAUAUAUCGCUCGAGUCGUCUCUUCUUCCUCACUUGUCUGUUUCACUGCAUAUGUGCUCCGCUCUACAAGGUGGUGCUCCCAGACUUUUUCUUAGCUGACCAGCUAACCAGCCAGGUGCAAGCACUCAGAUGUUUGGAAUUUUAUAUUUGCUAUUAUGGUUGGGGAGAUUACAGAAUUAGAGUAAACACGUGCAAGGCUAAUACCAUAUUCCAAACCAUCGGUUUCAUUGUCGCCGUUAUUCCACACUUGUCGCGCUUGCAGCAGUGCCUUCGUCGGCUGUAUGAAGAGAAGGAUAAAAUGCACGCACUGAACGGAAUGAAAUACUCAUUUGCUAUCGCUGCUGCUUCCUUCAGGACAGCAUACAGUCUGAACAAGACCUUGUAUCUUUGGUAUAUACUAGCUUGGGUAUUUUCAGUGAUGGCAGCAGCAUCGGGCACGUACUGGGACCUUGUGAUCGACUGGGGGCUUCUGCAACGGCAUUCGAAGAACCGGUGGUUGAGGGACAAGCUCCUGGUCCCUUGGAAGAGCGUAUACUUCGUUGCAAUGGCGUUGAAUGUGAUGCUGAGACUCGGUUGGAUGCAAACUGUGUUGAACUUCAAAGUCCCUUUCUUACACAAAGAAGGGUUGGUUGCAAUUAUGGCUAGCUUAGAGAUCAUUCGUCGUGGCAUAUGGAACUUCUUCAGAAUUGAAAAUGAGCUUUUGAACAAUGUCGGUAAAUAUCGAGCGUUCAAAUCGGUGCCUCUGCCUUUCAACUACGACGAAGAUGAUGAUAAAGAUGAUUGA